GCUUACACAAGAUGAUGCCCAAACUGUCUCGUACCCAGCGCCUGGGAACUGUUAUUGGAAUAUCAACAUGUUUCUUCCUAGCUGAGCUGUCAGUCGGGUUUUAUACACACUCGCUUGCCUUGGUUGCGGAUGCCUUUCAUUAUCUGAAUGACCUUGUUGGGUUCGUCAUCGCUCUCAUUGCGAUCAGGGUAUCGGCAUCGGCAGACUCUCCCAAAGCACUCUCCUUUGGAUGGCAAAGAGCGCAGCUCCUAGGGGCGUUUUUCAAUGGUGUACUCCUGCUCACUCUGGGAAUCAGUAUCUUUCUGCAAUCUAUUGAGCGAUUCAUAUCGUUGCAACGCGUCGAGGAUCCCAAACUUAUGUUUAUCUUGGGAUGUGUUGGUUUGGGAUUGAAUAUCAUCAGCGUCUUGUUUCUUCACGGAAUGAUGGGAGCCCUAGUACAUGUCAUCGGCGAUGCAGCAAAUAAUCUCGGUGUGAUGGCCGCAGCGCUAGUGAUCUGGCUGGCUCAUUACGACGGGCGAUAUUAUGCAGAUCCGGCUGCGAGCAUGGGAAUCUCAGUGAUGAUUCUUCUCUCAUCGAUUCCGAUCGUCCGACGGGCAGGUCUCAUUCUCUUGGAAAGUGCGCCUAAUGGAGUCGAUCUCGGGGAUGUGAAGCAUGAUCUAGAGAAAAUUCCCGGCGUGCUUGCCAUCCACGAACUCCACAUCUGGCGUCUCAAUCAGCACAAAUCUCUCGCCUCUGUCCAUGUGGUCAUCUCUGAUCACUCCGUGUCUCAUUUCCUGAAGCUGGCCAAGAUCAUCAACGAAUGUUUCCACGCGUACGGCAUCCAUUCGGCAACGCUGCAGCCUGAGGUCGCGGCCAUCACCAUCGAGUCCACGGAUAUUGAAGUAGAAAUCGAAAGUCGAAGCCUCAGACGGAGAUCCCUGUCGAAGUGUCAGAUUAUCUGCGGAACUUUGUGCGAGGAACUGACGUGCUGUGGGUAG